AAAAGCUUAAUUACUUUGUGGCCCAACAGUUUUUAUAAAUUAAUUAUUUAAUGUCUCAAUCAAAUCAAACUCCUCAAGAAAACCCAUCCGCCACACAAAUUAAUCCUUCAAAAUUUCUCCGAAAAUUCUCAGUUGUUCUCUUCUGUCACUACCUUCAAUCUGCCCAUAUAUACAUACACCUAUACACACUCCAGAAACUCCUCCAACUUUCCAGACACGUCACCACCUUCGCUAAAAAGCCUGCCAUUGUUACACCAUGUAUUCACUCUCCAGCUCGAAACUCAGAUCAUUUUCCACCAGCUUCCAAUGGCAGCUGCUCUCUUCACCCCGCAUCCCUUUUCAACAAACCCUAUCCCCCAAAACCAAUUUCGUAUUCCACCACCAUUUUCAAGAAACCCUAUCCCCCAAUCCACGAUUUUUUCGCGCAAAAGAUUGAAUUUUUCCGCGAAAGCUGAGAAUACAGACGAGCCCUCUUCCUCCUCUGUGUCUGUUGAGGACCAAAAAAAUCUCCAACAUAUCAAUGGUGAUUUUGAUGAUGACGUGGAGGAGAGAGAGAAUCUGCAAGAAACGGAUUGGAAAACCGACGAGGAGUUCAAGAAUUUCAUGGGGAAUCCUUCAAUUGAGGCUGCUAUAAAGCUCGAGAAGAAAAGGGCUGAUAGAAAACUCAAACAGCUUGAGGAUCAAGAAAGAACCGACAACCCUUUACUCGGUUUCCUUAAAAAUGCGGUCCGCGAUAGUUUGUGGAGAGAGAAGCAGAGAUUGGAGGAAGCAGAAAAGAAAUUCAAGGCUCUUGAUCUUAACAAGUUGAGGAGCUGUUUCGGGUUCGAUUCGUUCUUCGCGACGGAUGUUAGGAGAUUCGGAGAUGGUGGGAUUUUCGUUGGGAAUUUGAGGAAACCGGUCGAAGAAGUGAUACCUAAAUUGGAGAAGAAAUUAUCGGAAGCUGCGGAGAGAGAUGUUGUUGUGUGGUUCAUGGAGGAGAAAACUAAUAAUAUCACAAAACAGGCAUGUGUGGUGCAACCCAAAUCCGAAAUGGAUCUCCAAUUCGAAUCCACAAAACUAAGUACCCCAUGGGGUUACCUUAGUGCCAUAGCAUUAUCCGUUACAACUUUCGGCACAAUCGCUUUGACAAGUGGAUUAUUCCUCAAGCCCGAUGCAACCAUCGAUGACUACCUAGCUAACGUGGCACCUCUCUUUGGUGGAUUCGUGACCAUUUUAGCAGUUUCCGAGAUUGCCACGAGAGUAACUGCAGCCCGUUACGGAGUUAAAUUAAGCCCGUCGUUUCUAGUUCCGUCCAGCUGGACAGGGUGCCUAGGUGUCAUGAACAACUACGAGUCUUUGCUGCCUAAUAAAAAAGCUCUAUUCGAUAUUCCUGUAGCAAGAACCGCUAGCGCGUAUAUAACUUCGUUGGUUCUUGCAGUUGCUGCUUUUAUAGCCGACGGUAGUUUCAACGGGGGUGAUAACGCACUGUAUAUAAGGCCUCAAUUUUUUUACAAUAAUCCUCUUCUUUCGUUCAUCCAAUAUGUGAUUGGACCUUACACCGACGAUCUUGGAAAUGUGCUUCCCUAUGCAGUCGAAGGUGUGGGAGUGCCCGUUGAUCCCCUUGCUUUUGCCGGAUUGUUAGGCAUGGUGGUUACGUCACUAAACUUGCUCCCGUGUGGAAGACUCGAAGGCGGGCGAAUUGCUCAAGCUAUGUUCGGAAGAAGUACGGCCACUUUACUGUCUUUCACAACAUCUCUUUUGCUUGGCAUCGGUGGAUUAAGUGGCAGUGUGCUUUGUUUGGCGUGGGGGCUUUUCGCUACCUUCUUUCGAGGGGGAGACGAGAUUCCGGCAAAAGACGAAAUUACCCCGUUGGGUGAUGACCGUUUCGCUUGGGGUUGUGUGCUCUUCUUGAUAUGUUUCCUCACUCUUUUCCCCAAUGGAGGAGGCACCUUCUAUAGUUCAUAUUUUGGGGGGCCAUUUUUUAGGGGAGAUUUUUAAGUAAUGUGUGUGUAUACAUACAUAUAUUGUGUGUAUAUGUACUUCGAAAUUUGUAUAUUGUUUUGUAAAUGUAUGAUAAUAAUUAAUAAUAAUAUUUAGAUUGUUUUCAAAAUUUUCGAAUCUCCCCAUGAAAUAAAGGCUCACCAUUUUUGUA